UAAUCUAUGGGUUAAGGAAAGGCAAAGGAAGAGACACUGAAAGCACCAGAUUCAGUCUUUAAUUUUCUCUCUAGUUCUUAAAUAAGAUCUUUCUCAAAAACUGAGAAGUUAUAAAAUCUUAAUUUUGGGUAAAGGGCUCACAGCCUCCCAAAGUUGAAAUAAACAAAUCUGGUUCCUGUUUUCCAUUGAUUUCAUGUCCCCCUCUUGUCUCCUGCUCAAUUCUUCUGUGCAGCUUUUAGCAGUUUUGAUCCCAUUUUCUUCAUGUUAAAAGCAUGAACCCAGAUAAGCAUCAUCUUAGAUAAAGAAGAAGAGGAUAUCAAUAGUGGGUAGAUAGAGAGAGAGAGAGAGAGAGAGAGAGAGAGAGAGGUUGGGUAUAAUGGAAAAAAGCUGUCACUCAUCUGGUGAAUCCAUCACCAGCAACAACAGCAGCAACUUUCACCAGCAGCAAUACCAUCCCCACCAGAACAACACCACUACCAGCGACAGCAAUAGCAGAGAUCAGUACCUGAAGCAGCUCAAUAAGAUCUCUCACAAGAUAGCUAAAGAUUCAAAACCCCCACCCAUCAGAAAAUACCCUGUUGACCAGCUUCGUCACAAUCCACAGCAGCAACUACCACCACUGCAUCAGCAGAGUCAACAGCAACCACAGCAACAGCAACAGCAACAGCAGCAGCAGCAGCAGCAACAGCAACAGCAACAGCAUCAGCCUCCAGUGUAUAACAUCAACAAAAACGAUUUCAGAGACGUAGUUCAGAAGCUCACUGGCUCCCCAGCUCACGAACGAAGCUUCUCUACACCCCCACCCAUCCACCCACCUAAGCCCCAAAGCUCUCGCCUCCAGCGUAUUCGUCCACCACCACUUGCCCACCUCAGCCCUCGACCCCAAUCUCCCCUCCCCACCACCAAAGCCGCCGCUUCCGCCGCGGCCAACGAUGGUGGCCUGACAAACAACGGUAGCACCGGCAACUUUGUGGGCAACAACAAUGGACGGUCGGUGUCUCCUUUAUCGCCUCUUCCUCCUUUCCCAUCAGUUCAUGCCGCUGCGGAAUCACCCAUCUCCGCCUACAUGAGGUACCUCCAGGGCUCCAUCUCGACUGUCGAUUACGAUUCCAAGCGAUUCCCCACUGGGCUUUCGCCGCUGUUGUCGCCACGGUGGAAUAACCCUAAUUCGUUUCAGCCUCUGGUGUCGCCUCGGUGGAACAACAACAACAACCACCCUGGCUCAUUACAGCCGCCACCACCUCUUCCGCAGCCGCACCAGGUUCUUCCUUCGCCCACAUCGGCUAUGUCUCCAUCACAGUUUCUGAUGCCUUCGUCGCCUCUGCCGUUUGGGAAACUUCCGUCGCCGCAGUCGCCGUACCCUCUGCUUUCCCCGACGUUUCUGUUCUCACCUACUGCCGGUCAAUUAGGGUUUUCACAGUUCCCUCUGUCACCAAGGUUUCCGGUGGCUAGUCCAAAGUGGAGAGAUAUAUGAGCUUAAAUACAUCACAAAGCAGAGAAGGUAAGCCUUCAUUGCUUGCUGGAGCUCAAGUUAGGGUUUUGUUUUUCUCCUUUUUCUUUUGUUACUGUACAUUUGGGUUGGGAAGGAGGGAAUUCUUAUUCAAAUCGCCGGUCGUCGGGAGGAAGGAGAUCUGACACUGGUUAAAAAUUCGAACUUUGUUGUGUAAAUGAAUGUGAAAGACGUAGGAAACUAUUUUUGUUCUUCUGAGUUUCGGUUGAUUGGAAUUUCUCUCUUAAAUUCAACUCAGAAUGUUGCAUUUGUUGUUUUA